AUGGCCACUGGGCCAAGUUCUUCUUUUUUGGAUGCCAUAGGUCAGAGCAUUCUCGAUUCGGCAAGCUCCAUUGAUGCGCACAUUGAUGCGAGUGCAUUGAUUGAUCGGAUUUCAGGAGACGCAGAAGCUUCCUCCAGUGCACAUCGUGCCAGACAAUUUGCCUUAGCAGAGCUGAAAGCAUUGGCAAAACGAGCGCCUGGUGCAGUAGUGGCAACUGAAGGUGCAGUGGUUGCCAUCCUCCGAGUCGUGGAGAAGCUCUCUCCCAGGGGGGAUGAGGAAAUCGAGGAUGACAACGUGGAGUCUUUGCAGGAAGCCCUCGAGUGCUUGGGGUGUUUGAUGGAUGAUGGAACAAGCAAAGUCGGCAAGGGUGAAGUGAAGGAGGAUACAUCGCGUGCCCAGCUGGUGGCAGAGCUCAUCGUGAAACAUUCAGAAAACGGCAAGCAGCUGCUGCGGUUGCUUUGUGUCAGUGAAACUUCCACACAGUACGAUGCCAUGGUGCUGCUGCAGAAGAUUUAUCAACGUCUACCAGAGCCAGUGAACUCUGCAAUUCUUGCUGAUCCAAGGUCUCUUGGACAUUUGAUGCAUGUUUUGCAGAGCUCGCCCAUUGACUACGUGCGCAAUGAAUCCUUGGGAUUGCUUCUGCUAAUCACUGCCGGCAACGCCGACAUCCAGACUAUUGUCACAGUUCAAGGUUUCAUUGAGACCAUCUUUUCCAUCUUGGAAGACGAAGACUUGACAGCAGGGGGCAAAGUGGCUCGAGACCUGCUCCAAUGCUUGAUUAACGUGGUGGGGAAUGCAACCUGCCAAAAAUAUCUGCGGGAAACGAACGGUGCAGCCUCCAUCGUUUCAGCCAUCUCCAUGGCAGUGACCGGGAAAUCAGAGGAAGAGGACGACGAGUAUGAAAAGCGGGAGGGCGAACACCGCUGGUCCUGCCUUUCGAUGCUGGUGGAUGCAUCCUUGGCCCUAGCACAAAGUGACCAGGCAGAGGCAAAUCGCCUCGCCUUGGUGAAGGCUGGAGCCUUGGAACUACUGCAACAUUUGGCGGAUCCCAUGGCAGAGGUGCCCCAACUUCGAUUGGUGCAACUCUUUGAGGCGUUGGAACCCUGCCCACAGGCAGCAGAGCGACUGCAGAGCUUUGCGCGGCGAAGAGCGCCGUUGCUUUUCGAUUUGGUGGCAGUGUUGCUUGGUCCAGUCACUCCACUCACCUUGCGGAAUGCGUUGGGUCGUGUCUUGUGCCGUUGCAUUGCGAGACACUCAUCAUUGCAGUCUUUCUUUUGCUCUUCGCUUGGUCCAGAACUUCAGGAGGAGCCCAAUGAGGCAACCCCUGCAGGGCGCUUGGUGGUGGACCUUCUAGAGGUGGCUGCACGUGGAGGAGGCGCCUCCCCCGAAGCGCUAUGGUUUGCGCUGCAGCUGCUGCUGGCUACGCUUAUUGGCAAUGCCAGCGUUCAAAGCGCUUGUAUGGCAAUGCCCGUGUCCAUUCCCAGCGAUGCUGGACCCGCAGAGACUUUCCAGGAGUUGUUGUUUCGGGCGUUCUCGGCCAUGGCCAGGACGGUUGCGGCCCACGAUGAGGCAGAGCCCGAUAUGACUCGGCCCAACGAAGCUGCUAGCCUGGUGGGUUUUCUGAAGCUCGUGCUCUAUUGGUUGGCCAACUGUCCUUCAGUGCUUUCAAACUUCGCGAUGUCACCUGUGAUGAUUCCAGUAGUCAUGGAUCUGACUGCCUUCAGCUGCGCGGCUGCCUUCUAUACUGUGCAAGUGCAAGGCCUUGCUUGCCUGGUCAUGGGCGCGUGUAUCAUGUCCGAACGGGAGGCAGCAGAAGAUUCUAUGACCUUAAUUUCCCAGCGUAUCGGCAUUGAGACUUUCCAACAAAAGGUUGAAUGCCUGUGGCGAUCUGAGGCCUUACAGCGGCCCGCACGAUCUUUGGGCGAUUUUCGCUGGUUCAAUGGCCACUAUCGGCAAUUUGUUAGAGGGCAUCAGCGUGCAGUUCAGCGACGAAUGGUGCAGCUCUAUGUAUCUCAAGGCAGCAACUUCAGAUAG